AUGACUUCAGAAGAAGGAUGGCUCUACUCUAGUACACAGUCCUUGCUUGCCCUUCUAGCGCGUCCGAUGAUGCCGAUGCCGAUGCGCCAUGGUGCCCGCCCCUCCAUCAUAACGCCAUCACUAGUAGAGUAG